GAUCCCUCUGUGGGCUUGCAGUAUGGAAGCUAGCUCUCAGUCCAGCAGUCAACAGGUUCUGUGGAAAGAUGUUGAGGCAGGAAAAGAGAAGAGGGCCAAGUACCGCAUCUACCAGCGAGGGGCUCUGAUCCUGGGUCUGGUCUUCCUUCUUCUGGCCCUCGGUGCUUUCAGCCUGAGAUACCUCUGGAGCCCAAAUGCAGGGAAGAUAUACGACCAUCAGUAUAAAGCUGUGCUGGAUGGCAUGGAGACAGACAGCAUCAUGGAGAUUGACCCCGGCAAGCGCAUUGAGAUCUUCAGGAUGGGCAACGGGAGCGACGAGGUGCUUGAGGUGCAUGACUUCAAAAACGGAAUCACUGGGAUCCGGUUUGCCAAACAUCAGAGGUGCUACAUCAAGACCCAAAGUAGGAAACUUCCCUCAGUGACAGAGGUGCAGGCUGAGGACACAGAGUUACUGGAGGCUGAGGCAGGGGCCAUGGAUGUAAAGGUGGAGGACUCCCUGGUGUGGGUUCCUGCCGAAGAGCCCAUCGUGAAUCGAGCCUUCCUCCUCAACUCUAAGAUCUGGGAGAUUUGCCAGGAGCUGCCCAUUCAUUGGAUCCAUCCCUCCCCCCUGAGCGAUACUGAGUUUCAUGAGGUAGAAGAUGUGGAGGACACACCUGACGCAGAGGUCGCAGGUCAGCGUUUCACUCGCGAUGUCCUGGACCACCUUCCUGUAAAUGACUAUAGAGAUGUCGGAAUUGAACUGGAUAACCGUCUGGAUGAGAACGGCUAUUGCUGCCAGUACUGUCGCCGUGGUUACCGCUAUUGCCGGCGCUACCACGAACCCCUGGGUGGUUUCAACCCUUGGCCAUACUACUACCAAGGAGGCCGUGUCAUCUGUCAAAUUGUCAUGCCCUGCAACUGGUGGAUCGCCCGUAUGCUGGGGAGGAUCUGAACGGGAUGUGUGCUGUCUGGGUACGAUACGUGUUGUGUUGUGUUGUGCUGUGUUGUGUCGACUGAUAAAUAUUCCAGACACUUGUGAAACCAAAAAAA